AUGACAGAGGAGAUAUUCGAACUGGACCGUAAUGGUCGCAUCAAGCUGGAUAAUCAGGUCAAGAAAUACCCGACGGUCAUGAUGGAGGGCGAGUUCAAUUCGACCACCGCCAUGCAUAAUCUGGUGCCUGAUUUUGUACCAAAACCAUACGGCUGGGGACGGUUCGCGGCAACUCCUCGUGUAUACUUCUUUGUCAUGGAAUUCUUGAACAUGAGGCCCACGAUGCCGAACCCCGUGGUCUUUUGUCAUCUAAUCGCUGAAGUCCAUCAAAAAAGCGUCUCUCCGAAUGGAAUGUUUGGCUUCCCGGUGCCAACAUGUCAAGGACGGAUCAUUCAAGGCAAUGUUUGGACUUCCAGCUGGAGAGAAUGCUACCACGCUUUAAUCACAGAGGCCUACGACGAGGCCAUGAAAAUCAACGGGCCGUGGGCCGAGUUUGAGGCAGCCUUCGCAAGGCUCAGACGAUAUGUUAUCCCGGCGCUGCUUGAUCCUCUCCAGUCACAUGGCCGCAUCCUCAAGCCUUGUUUAGUGCAUGGGGACUUGUGGGAAGAGAACGCCGGGGUCAACAUUGACACGCAACAACCCGUCGUGUUCGACCCGUCAUGUAUGUACGCCCAUAACGAGUAUGAUUUAGGAAUGUGGCGUCGCGAGGUCAUUCGCUUUGGCCAGCCUUACUUCCGACAAUAUCUGAUGCGCAUGCCGCCAAGCGAACCAGCCUCUCAGUGGGGUGACCGGAAUCGCCUUUAUUCAAUCAAGUCAACCUGA